GGGAGCGGGGAGAGGCCUCUAGGGCCGCGGCCGCCCAAGCGUGAUCUCUGCCGGCGGGUCAGGCCCCGGGGUGCUUCCCCUCCCUGUUCCUCAGAGCCGUGGGUCCUCGGCCUCUCCACCAGGCACGGCUCUCGUGGUCGCGGUGGAGGAGGAGGACGUUUGCACAGCUCCCCGGCGGGCCGCUGCUGUGCCCGGACCGGGGACCGCCGCCUCCCCGGAACGCGUGGGGCCGGUAUGGAGCUCUUCCAAGCAAAGGACCACUACAUCCUGCAGCAGGGCGAGCGCGCACUGUGGUGCAGCCGGCACGACGGCGGCCUGCAGCUCCGACCGGCCACUGAUCUGCUUCUUGCCUGGAACCCGAUUUGUCUGGGAUUGGUAGAAGGAGUUAUUGGGAAAAUUCAGCUUCAUUCAGAUCUUCCAUGGUGGCUUAUUUUAAUUCGGCAGAAAGCAUUGGUGGGCAAACUCCCAGGAGACCAUGAGGUCUGUAAAGUCACCAAAAUUGCUGUAUUGUCACUUUCUGAAAUGGAGCCGCAGGAGCUUGAACUUGAGCUCUGUAAGAAGCAUCAUUUUGGAAUUAACAAGCCGGAGAAGAUUAUACCAUCUCCUGAUGACUCCAAGUUUCUACUGAAGACAUUGACGCACAUCAAAUCCAACGUGUCUGCUCCUAACAAAAAAAAAGUUAAGGAAAGUAAAGAGAAGGAGAAGUUGGAGAGGCGGUUACUUGAGGAGUUGCUGAAGAUGUUCAUGGACUCAGAGUCUUUCUAUUAUAGCUUGACCUAUGACCUGACCAACUCCGUGCAGAGGCAGAGCACCAGGGAGAGCGAUGGCCGUCCCCUCUGGAAGAAGGUUGAUGACCGAUUCUUUUGGAAUAAGUACAUGAUCCAAGAUCUCACUGAGAUUGGUACUCCGGAUGUGGACUUUUGGAUCAUCCCCAUUAUCCAGGGUUUUGUGCAGAUUGAAGAACUUGUGGUUAAUUACAGCGAGUCAUCUGAUGACGAGAAGAGCAGCCCAGAGACCCCCCUUCAGGAGCCCACCUGUGUGGAUGACGUCCACCCACGGUUUCUGGUGGCGCUCAUAUCUCGCAGGAGUCGGCACAGAGCCGGAAUGCGCUAUAAACGAAGAGGAGUGGAUAAAAAUGGAAAUGUUGCAAAUUAUGUGGAGACUGAGCAGUUAAUUCAUGUUCAUAACCAUACUCUGUCAUUCAUUCAAACUCGAGGCUCUGUGCCGGUCUUUUGGAGCCAGGUUGGGUAUCGCUAUAAUCCAAGACCUCGACUGGACAAAAGUGAGAAGGAAACGGUUGACUGUUUCUGUGCCCAUUUUGAAGAACAGCUGAAAAUUUACAAAAAACAGGUUAUUAUUAACCUGGUCGACCAGGCUGGACGGGAGAAGAUUAUUGGCGAUGCUUACCUGAAGCAGGUGCUGCUCUUCAACAACUCACAGCUCACCUAUGUCUCCUUUGACUUCCACGAGCACUGCCGAGGAAUGAAGUUUGAGAAUGUUCAGAUCCUGACGAAUGCCAUUUACGACAUUAUUCUUGACAUGAAGUGGUGUUGGGUCGAUCAAGCUGGGGUAAUAUGUAAGCAAGAAGGAAUUUUCCGAGUCAAUUGCAUGGACUGCCUAGAUCGCACCAACGUGGUCCAAGCUGCCAUUGCGCGAGUGGUCAUGGAGCAUCAGCUCAAAAAACUCGGUGUGAUGCCCCCAGAACAGCCACUCCCUGCGAAAUGCAAUCGGAUCUACCAGAUAAUGUGGGCUAACAAUGGUGACUCUAUCAGCAGACAGUAUGCCGGGACAGCUGCUCUGAAGGGUGACUUUACAAGAACAGGAGAAAGGAAGUUGGCUGGAGUUAUGAAAGAUGGAGUUAACUCUGCAAAUAGGUACUACCUCAGUCGAUUCAAGGAUGCCUACAGGCAAGCUGUCAUAGAUUUGAUGCAAGGCAUCCCAGUGACAGAAGAUCUUUAUUCCAUAUUUACCAAGGAGAAAGAGCAUGAAGCUUUGCAUAAAGAAAACCAGAGAAGCCACCAGGAGCUCAUCAGCCAGCUCUUACAGAGUUACAUGAAGUUGCUGCUGCCGGGUGAUGAGAAGUUCCAUGGGGGCUGGGCCCUAAUUGACUGUGACCCUAGCCUCACCGAUGCCGCUCACAGAGAUGUGGACGUGCUGCUGCUGCUCUCAAACUCCGCCUACUACGUGGCCUAUUAUGAUGAUGAAGUUGAUAAAGUAAACCAGUAUCAACGGCUGAGCCUAGAGGACCUGGAAAAAAUCGAAAUAGGUCCUGAACCUACUCUUUUCGGCAAACCGAAGUUUUCCUGCAUGCGACUGCACUACAGGUGUAAAGGGUCGAGUGGUCACUUCCACACACUGAGAGCUGUGGUACGCAGUCCGGAAGAGGAUGGGAAAGAUACUCUUCAGUGCAUCGCAGAGAUGCUGCAGAUCACCAAGCAAGCCAUGGGGCUGGAUGUUCCCAUAGUUGAGAAGAAGCUUGAGAGGAAAAGCAGUAAGCCUCACGAAGACAUCAUUGGUAUCAGAUCCCAAAAUCAAGGCUCUCUGGCCCAGGGGAAAAGCUUUUUAAUGAGCAAAUUUUCAUCUCUAAAUCAAAAAGUGAAGCAGACCAAAUCCAACGUGAACAUGGGCAACCUACGGAAAUUAGGAAACUUUACAAAGCCUGAAAUGAAAGUGAACUUUCUAAAACCAAACCUAAAAGUCAAUCUUUGGAAGUCAGACAGCAGUCUUGAGACCACGGAAAACCCGGGAGCGAUGGAUAAUAAUAAGGCCCAGGGGGAGUCUGAUGGGGACAUGUCUUCAGAUAAUGAGUCUUACCACUCAGAUGAAUUCCUUACCAACUCUAAGUCUGAGGAAGACAGGCAGCUAGCCGAUUCUUUAGAGAGUGUAGGGCCAAUAGAUUAUGUUCUCCCAAGCUGUGGUAUUAUUGCUUCAGCUCCUCGACUAGGCAGCCGAUCCCAGUCAGCCAGCAGCACUGACGUCAGCAUUCCUGUCCCCUCAGAAGCUACUGUUGGUCAUGGAAGUGGACCUGGAAAAGGCCAGGAGUCUCCCUUGAAGAAAACCCCUUCUGCUGACAACAUACGUGUACUGACUGGCUUUGCCAAGCCUGUGGAUGUCUACUGCCACAGAUUUGUACAGGAUGCACAGGACAAAAUGUCUGAGCUGUCAGAGACCAGGUCUGUGUCUCACAAUAGUGAGGAAGGAAAUCAAAAGACUAACCCUGUUUCUAAUGAAGAAAACCAGUUGGAACCUGUGGGACUGGUGCCUUCUCGACCAUCCCAGUUAAAUGUCUCCUGUUCUUUGGCAGGCCCACAGUUUUUGUCAGUUGAACCAGCACAUCCAGGGGUCUCUCAGCAGAGCCCCAGUUCCGGGUCCAGCCUGCUGGAACUGGAGGCAGGGCUUUGUGUGACCCCUUCUCCAGAGAGCGGCAGCAGAGCAGUCUCUCCCUUUGCAAAGAUCCGCAGCUCCAUGGUCCAGGUUGCUAGUAUUACCCAAGCUGGGCUAACACAUGGGAUAAAUUUGGCAGUGGCCAAAGUUCAAAAGAGUCCAGCAGAACCUGAAGUGGUCAAUGAAAUUCAGCAAAAUGAACUUAAAAAUAUGUUUACACAAUGCCAGACACGAAUAAUUCGAAUUUAGAUUUUAGUCACAAUCUUAAGGUUUUUAUUUAAAUACUCUUAAGUUUUCACCUACUGGACUUUUUUUUUUUUUUUUUUUUUUUUAAAGGAACAGUUUCUCUGUGUAUCCCUGACUGUCCUGGAACUUGCUCUGUAGACCAGGCUGGCCUUGAAUUUAGUCCAUCUGCCUUCUGAGUACUGGAAUUAAAGGCUUGCCCCACUAACGCCCAGCCAUUUCAGGCUAUUUUAACCAGUACUGCGUUUAUGGAUUACAAAUUCUAAUCACAUUGUUGACUGGCGAUUGUUUUACAAGGAGUCUGGACCUGAGCAAAUUCCCAGAUGUCCAGACUACAAGUGACCAUCUUAGACUGUAGGCCAGCCUAGCAAAUACUCAACAGAGUGGUUUGUUGAUCUCAUUUGGGAAGGUUCAGGAAAAGAACCAAACUGGUGUUUGGAGGGAAAGGGGAGCUAGUCUUGGAAGCAGAUGCAGUGUGGAUCCACCAUGUAAAGUUAGCGUUCUCCCGCUCCGUCAGUUCAUCCCUGUACGCUGCCCUAGACGGGAAAUUAGACAUUUAGAUUUUAGUGACUUUUACUAGUGUGCAGAAGUAUCUAAAUUUUUUUUAAAGUAGUUUUACCAGCUUAACCAUUCUCUAUGAAGUUGAGAACCAAUAAUGGUAAACAAUGUAUUUUCUUUGAUUCCAAUUUCUCCCGUAUUCUUUUUUUCUCUCCCAAAUUCCUAAACACACACGGGCUUGCCUGUCAUAAAGCCCACCUGCUUCAGGAACAGAAGAUCAUGUAUACUGACUGACUCUAGGAAUCUCUAGAAAAUCAAGUUUUAACUCUUUCAAGAGGGACACUUAGCAUCUUUUUUGGUUCAAGAACCUAAAAUGCCGGUUAAUACUGGUUUUCUAAGUGACUGGCCACCAAGAUCACUGGCCUCUGCACCCCAGAGAAGGGUGUAUGGCACAUUCCAGCAAGCACUGGCGUCUGGCAUCCUUAGAGCCUUACCCUUGUGAAGUGACUCAGUUGAACAUUCUGUCUGCUGUGACCUGAUAAGCAUUCCGUUUUUGUUAUUUAUUGAAGUGUCGAGUCCUGUGACUGUUAAAGUACCACUGUAGCUCGAAGCAUCAAUGUGUAUGAGAAUUCCUUGUACAGCAUUUAACAGUACUUUGGUUUUCAAAGAAUUCAUAAGUGGCAAGUGUGCUACAACCAAACACUUGUUUUGAACUUUUUUGAUUAAAGUGUUCUUAUUUUAAAAAUGGAAACUGUAUUUUAAGUCCCAAACAUUAAAAACUAGAUGCUGCA